GGGCUUCGGCAAAGUCUACCGGGCCAGGUGGCAGGGGGAGGAGGUGGCGGUCAAGGCUGCCAGGCUGGACCCCGAGAGGGACCCGGCCGCCACUGCGGAGCAGGUGGCCCGCGAGGCGCGGCUCUUCGGCGCCCUGCGCCAUCCCAACAUCAUCGCCCUGCGGGGCGCCUGCCUGCGGCCCCCCCACCUCUGCCUGGUCAUGGAGUACGCCCGCGGAGGGCCCCUGAGCCGCGCGCUGGCCGGCCGCAGGGUGCCCCCCCACGUGCUGGUCAACUGGGCCGUCCAGGUGGCCCGCGGCAUGGAGUACCUGCACAGCGGCGCGCCGGUGCCCAUCAUCCACAGGGACCUCAAGUCCAUCAACAUCCUCAUCUUGGAUGCAUUUGAGAAUGGGGACCUGUCAGACACUGUCCUCAAGAUCACGGACUUCGGCCUGGCCCGGGAGUGGCACAAGACCACCAAGAUGAGCGCGGCCGGGACGUACGCUUGGAUGGCCCCCGAGGUCAUCCGGCUGUCCCUCUUCUCCAAGAGCAGUGAUGUCUGGAGCUUUGGAGUGCUGCUCUGGGAGCUGCUGACGGGGGAAGUGCCGUACCGGGAGAUCGACGCGCUGGCCGUGGCUUAUGGGGUGGCCAUGAACAAGCUGAUGUUGCCCAUCCCCUCGACCUGCCCAGAGCCCUUUGUGCACCUGCUGGAGGAGUGCUGGGACCCCGAGCCCCACCAGCGGCCAGAUUUCAGCAGCAUCCUGAGCCGCCUGGAGGCCAUCGAGCGGUCGGCCCUGUUCCAGAUGCCUCUGGAAUCCUUCCACUCCCUCCAGGAGGACUGGAAACAAGAGAUUCAACACAUGUUCGAUGAUCUUCGGACCAAGGAGAAGGAGCUCCGGAGCCGGGAGGAAGAGCUGCUGAGAGCGGCCCAGGAGCAGAAGUGGCAGGAGGAGGGCCCAUGGCGGGAGCAGGAUGGGGAAAGUGAGAUGGAAUUCCUGAGCUGCAACCUUGCCAUGGACCAGUUGAGCCAGGAGCGGCCUGGGGCCAAGGGGCCACCUUCAGGGCAGCCUUCAAACUGGAGGGACAGUAACAACAUCAGCCUGCCCUCAGGCUUCGAGCACAAAAUCACCGUCCAAGCCUCUCCCACGACACUGGACAAGCGGAAAGGGCUGGCGCCUGAGGGCGUGAGCCCCCCCGCCAGCCCCAGCAUCAUACCUCGGCUCCGUGCCAUCCGCUUGACGCCCGUGGAGAGCGCCAGCGGCCGGAGCGCGGCUCUGAAGAAAGAAGAACUGGUCACCGGGAAGAAGAAGGGCAGGACGUGGGGGCCCAGCUCCACCCUGCAGAAGGAGCGCCUUGGCGGGGAAGAGAGGCUGAAGGCCCUUGGGGAGGGCAGCAAGCAGUGGUCAUCCAGUGCCCCAAACCUGGGCAAGUCUCCCAAACACAUGCCCAUGGCCCCCGGCUUCUCCAGCCUCACGGAGAUGGAAGAGUUUGCCGAAGCCGACGGGACCAGCGUGCCCCCUUCCCCCUACACCCCCCCGUCCUACCUCACCUUGCCUCUGCCUGCUGAGGCUCCUCCGAGCCCCUGGGAGCCUCCCCACCCUGCCCUGGGCCCCCCGGCUCGGGGCGGGGCCCCCCGAAAGCGCAGUGAGCUGGCGCUGCUGAGAUGCGCCACCAUCCUGGGAGCCGUGGCCUUGGGCACUGACGUGGCUGAGGCCCAAGCGGCCGACGGAGACGACGAGCCCCGAUGGUGGAGGGACGGGCUCUUCCCCCGGACGCCUCGCUUCCCCCGGGGACCUAGCCCGCCCGGGCGCAGGGCCCGUUGCCACGGCCGAGGGGUGGGGGAGGAGGCCACCCCGGCCCCGACCCCUGGCAUGGUGCCCUCGGCCACCAUCCUCUCCCUGUCGUCUCUCUCUGACUGCAAUUCCACCCGAUCCCUGAUCCGGUCAGACAGCGACGAGGGGACCCCAGCCUUGGCCCUCGGGAGCUCCCCACCGAGCACACCUGCCACCAACCCCCUGGUGGACCUGGAGGUGGAGAGCUUCAAGAAGGACCCUCGCCAGUCGCUCACCCCCACCCACGUCACGGCCGCCCGAGCUGUGAGCCGAGGGCACCGCCGGACCCCAUCGGAUGGGGCUCUGAGGCAGCUGGUGCAGUGCCACCAACGACCAGGACUCGAGGUCCCCAGGGACCCCCUGGAGUUCCCCCGCCUGCCUGACCCCCAGACGUUGUUCCCCCCUCGACGAAGGCCGCCUCCGGAACCUCCGGGCCGGCCCACCACUCUGACCUUUGCCCCUCGGCCAAGACCAGCUGCCAGCCGGCCCCGGCUUGACCCUUGGAAGUUGGUCUCCUUCAACAGGACACUGAGCGGCUCCUCCCCUCUUGCACCCGGGACGCCAGGCACCCCGGGGCCCCAGCCUAGCCUGCUUGACAUGGACACAGAAGGGCAGAGCCAGGAUAGCACGGUGCCCCUCUGUGGGGCCGUGCCCACCUUCUCUGACCCCGAGGCCGACGUCUCCCACUGAAUGUACAGCCCUGGCCUGUGGGUGCUGCCCCCAUGGGGCGCAGAGAGGCCCGGACAGGGACUGACGCUAUGUAUUUAUUGGGGAGGGGGGUGGGAGGGGAAAGUGGCUA